UGUGUCUGCGUGGAGGCCGACCUGUGGUCAGUAACACGGCAGACUGCUGGAGGGCAAAGUUUACAGUGGAGCGUGUAUAUCCAGCUCUUGUGUGUCAGUGUGGACACACACACACACCCACACACACUCAGGCUUCAGCUGCACGGAGAGCAGGGAGAGGCUGAGUACAUGCAGCAUGUAAGCGGGACUGAGGACAGCAGCUGGAUCGUGCGUAUGUCUAAUAUCAUCUUUAACCUGUAUCAGGAGGACGAAGGUUAGAGCCGGAUCUGGGAUUCUGUGUGACUGUCACUGUUCAUGUCUGCGUGGUGGUUGUCUUCCAGCCGGUUCUCUGUCUGCCGUGGCCCUCUGCCUCCUCCGGUCCGCUGCGCUGAUCCGUGCCGCGGUGACCCGCUUGAGCCAUGGGUGGGAGUCUGGGCUGCCACCGCUCCAUUCCGAAGGACCCCACAGACUUCAGCUGCGGGAAGCGCAAAUUCAGCGCUGCGUGUAACUUCGGCCACAUCUUGGUGAACCAGGAGCGACUGAACAUCAACACGGCUACCGAGGAGGAACUCAUGACUCUGCCGGGAGUCAACCGCACUGUUGCACAGAAUAUCGUGGAGUACCGGGACUGUAUCGGGGGUUUUAAAAAGGUGGAGGACUUGGCUCUGGUGAGCGGGAUCGGGGCCACCAAACUGGAAGUGAUCAAACUGGAAAUAUGCGUAUCCAGCAGGACCAGUUCGUCCCAGCACUCCCCCUCCUCUUUGCGCAAAGACCUGGACCACCAGUCCUGCACCGGAAUAAACAUUAACACCGCCACUCCGGCGCAGCUUAUGAGCAUCCGAGGCAUCACGGAGAAGAUAGCCAAGAACAUCGUGGUCUACCGGUCUGAGCACGGCCCGUUCAAAAGCAUCGAGGACCUGGUGAGGGUCAACCACAUCAACAGCUCACUGCUGGACAAAAUCCGCUUCCAGGUGUUCGUGGAGCGCUCCAGGGCGCCGUCCACCAACACCAACGGUGGGCUGACCUGCACCACCAAGUCCCACCCGAGCCCGACCUCAUUCAGCUUUAGAAGCGACGACCUGGACCUCCCGCCCGGAGGACCGACCCAGAUCAUCUCUGUGCGGCCCAACGUGGAGCCUCCGUCCGGGCUGCGGGACGGGAAACCCGUGGUGCGCCUGGCCACCUGGAGCCUGCAGGGCUGCUCCUGUGACAAGGCCAACAACCCGGGGGUCAAAGAGGUGGUGUGCAUGACCAUACUGGAGAAUGACAUCAAGUUACUGGCAGUGCAGGACCUGCUGGAGCGGGAGGCUCUUGAUAAGUUCUGUGCGGAGUUAAACCAAGGAACACUGGCCAGCAUACGGAAGUGGAAAUGGCCACGAGGACUGUGGAAAAGCGUUGUGUCUGAAAAACCCACCGGGCACUCCAGCAAGGGAGUGAGCUACUCCGGUUUUCUGUGGGACAGCUCAUCUGGUGUUGACCUGAAGGAUGCUGCAGUGCUGGAGGCUCCUGUUGUCAAUGGAAACGGGAAUCAUACCUACCCCCGACUCUACCUGGCUCACUUUUUAGUUGGUUCGUACGAGCUGACAGUGGUGAACGUCCACAUGCAGGCCACAGCCUCACCAGGAGAGUCCAAUGGCAAGAACCACAACUCAGACGAAGUCAAGUGUCAGCGUCUCUCCCCAAGUAUCCAGGAAACACUCAAAGGUGAGAAGGAGUUGGUGGUGCUGGGAGAUUUCGGCUCCCCCCCUCAGAGCUCAGAGCUGGACAUACUGAGAAAAGAGAAGCUCAGUGCCCUGGUACCAUCCACUCAGUUCACCAACAUCAGCACCCGCUCACCACAGGGCACCCGCUGCCUGGAUAACAUCUGGGUCAGCCGCUCCCUCAAGAAGAUCUGUUCUGGCCACUGCAUGGUUGUGCGGGAGGGCUUGACUAACCCCUGGAUCCCAGAUAACUGGUCUUGGGGCGGUGUGGCGUCGGAUCACUGCCCUGUUGUGGCUGAGUUUUAUGCAGAUGUAUCCCCUAAGGAGCUGAGCAGGCCUGGCAUGACAGUGGUGGACAGAGGAGACAUUUUGCCCAAACAUGAGCGGUGACGACAUCCACGGUCACAGCAGAGACAGUGCUGGACAUCAGAAUGACUUUGUCCUGUCUGGAUCCUGCUUUAUCUUGGUUUGCCAUGGAAAUAAGUUUCCUGAUGAAUGUGAAGAAGCGCCAAGAUUGCCUUUUGGGUUGCAGUUUAUCAAUGUAUAAUAGUAACUGGUAAGUCAUAGAGCCAUACAAAUGUUCAGGCAAAAAUCUAUAAUGUACUUUAAAAAGAAAUGUGCCAAACAUUUUCUAUAUGUCUAUGGAAUAAAAGAGAAAUUGAUCGAUG